CCUUUUCCGCCCUCCAGUCCCCCUCCCUCGGCCCGCCGCCGCUGCUCCAGAUGAGGUGAUGGCAACGGCCAACUUCGGCAAGAUCCAGAUCGGGAUUUACGUGGAGAUCAAGCGGAGCGAUGGCCGAAUACAUCAAGCAAUGGUAACGUCUUUAAAUGAAGAUAAUGAAAGUGUAACUGUUGAAUGGAUAGAAAAUGGAGAUACAAAAGGCAAAGAGAUUGACCUUGAGAGCAUCUUUUCACUUAACCCUGAUCUUGUACCUGAUGAAGAAAUUGAACCCAGUCCAGAAACACCUCCACCUCCAACAUCUUCAGCCAAAGUAAAUAAAAUUGUAAAGAAUCGACGGACUGUGGCUUCUAUUAAGAAUGACCCUCCUCCAAGAGAUAACAGAGUGGUUGGUUCUGCACGUGCACGGCCUAGUCAGCUUCCUGAGCAGUCUUCGUCUGCACAACAGAAUGGUAGUGUUUCAGAUAUAUCUCCAGUUCAAGCUGCAAAAAAGGAAUUUGGACCCCCUUCACGUAGAAAAUCUAAUUGUGUGAAAGAAGUAGAAAAAUUACAAGAAAAACGAGAAAAAAGGAGACUACAGCAGCAAGAACUUAGAGAAAAAAGAGCCCAGGAUGUUGAUGCUACAAACCCAAAUUAUGAAAUUAUGUGUAUGAUCAGAGACUUUAGAGGAAGUUUGGAUUAUAGACCGUUAACAACAGCAGAUCCUAUUGAUGAACAUAGAAUAUGCGUUUGUGUAAGAAAACGACCACUCAAUAAAAAAGAAACUCAAAUGAAAGAUCUUGAUGUAAUCACAAUCCCUAGUAAAGAUGUUGUGAUGGUACAUGAACCAAAACAAAAAGUAGAUUUAACAAGGUACCUAGAAAACCAAACAUUUCGUUUUGAUUAUGCCUUUGAUGACUCAGCUCCUAAUGAAAUGGUUUACAGGUUUACAGCUAGACCACUAGUGGAAACUAUAUUUGAAAGGGGAAUGGCUACAUGCUUUGCUUAUGGGCAGACUGGAAGUGGAAAAACUCAUACUAUGGGAGGUGACUUUUCAGGAAAGAAUCAAGAUUGUUCUAAAGGAAUUUAUGCAUUAGCAGCUCGGGAUGUCUUUUUAAUGUUAAAGAAGCCAAACUAUAAGAAGUUAGAACUUCAAGUGUAUGCAACCUUUUUUGAAAUUUAUAGUGGAAAGGUGUUUGACUUGCUAAACAGGAAAACAAAAUUAAGAGUACUAGAAGAUGGAAAACAACAGGUUCAAGUGGUGGGAUUACAGGAACGGGAGGUCAAAUGUGUUGAAGAUGUACUGAAACUCAUUGACAUAGGCAACAGUUGCAGAACAUCCGGUCAAACAUCUGCAAAUGCACAUUCAUCUCGGAGCCAUGCAGUGUUUCAGAUUAUUCUUAGAAGGAAAGGAAAACUACAUGGCAAAUUUUCUCUCAUUGAUUUGGCUGGAAAUGAACGAGGAGCUGAUACUUCCAGUGCAGACAGGCAAACCAGGCUUGAAGGUGCUGAAAUUAAUAAAAGCCUUUUAGCACUCAAGGAGUGCAUCAGAGCCUUAGGUAGAAAUAAACCUCAUACUCCUUUCAGAGCAAGUAAGCUCACUCAGGUGUUAAGAGAUUCAUUCAUAGGUGAAAAUUCUCGUACCUGCAUGAUUGCCACAAUCUCUCCAGGAAUGGCAUCCUGUGAAAAUACUCUUAAUACAUUAAGAUAUGCAAAUAGAGUAAAGGAGUUUGGAAUUAGUCCAUCAGACAUUCCCUUCUCACAGGGUAGUGGCAGUCGCCCUGAUCUCUCUCCUUCUUAUGAGUAUGACGACUUUUCUCCUUCGAUUACCAGGGUGAAAGAAUUGACUGUGGAUCCAACAACUGCUGCUGGUGAUGUCCGUCCAAUAAUGCACCACCCACCAAAUCAAAUUGAUGACUUAGAGGCACAGUGGGGUGUGGGGAGUUCCCCUCAGAGAGAUGAUCUGAAACUUCUUUGUGAACAGAACGAAGAAGAAGUUUCUCCCCAAUUGUUUACUUUCCAUGAAGCUGUCUCACAAAUGGUAGAAAUGGAAGAACAAGUUGUAGAAGAUCACAGGGCAGUGUUCCAGGAAUCUAUCCGAUGGUUAGAAGAUGAAAAGGCUCUUCUAGAGAUGACUGAAGAAGUAGACUAUGAUGUAGAUUCAUAUGCUACUCAACUUGAAGCUAUUCUUGAGCAAAAAAUAGACAUUUUAACUGAGCUGCGUGAUAAAGUGAAAUCUUUUCGUGCAGCUCUACAAGAAGAAGAACAGGCCAGCAAGCAAAUCAACCCGAAGAGACCCCGUGCCCUUUAAAUCAGCAUUUGCUGCUAAAGGACCCCCAGAACCCACACUGCUGUAACAUACAAUGGUUCAGCUGUAAGGGCCAUUUGAAAGUUUGAAAUUUUAAGUGUCUGUGGAAAAUGUCUUGUCCCUUCACCUGAAUGACAUUUCAAUUUUGUGAAACACUCCUUUGUCUACAAAAUGCUUCUAGUCCAGGAGGCACAACCAACAUUUGGGAAUAGUGAAGCAUUUUGUUUCAUUUACCCAAACAGUGAUUUACUUUUGGAGAUCCUUGCCAAUUUUAUUUUCUGUAUGAAGUAAGGUUGUGGACUUGAUACAGAGGUGAAUAGUAGGGGGAAGCCACAGCAUUUCCUUUUAACUUGGUUCAAUUUUCGUAGCAAGACUGAGCAGUUUUAAAUCCUUUGCGUGCAUGCAUACCUCAUCAGUGAUUGUACAUACCUUGCCCCCUCCUAGAGACAGCUGUGCUCACCUCUUUCUGCUUUGUGCCUUGACCAAGGCUUUUGACCCUAAAUUCUGAAGCACAGCCAAGAUAAAUUACAUUCCUUAAUUGUCAUUGUAAAUUACCUUUAUUGUGUGUACAUUUUUACUGUAUUUGACAUUUUUUUGUGUGUGACUAGUUAAUUUUGCAGGAUGUGCCAUAUCAUUGAAUGGAACUAAAGUCUGUGACAGUGGACAUAGCUGCUGGACCAUUCCAUCUUAUAUGUAAAGAAAUCUGGAAUUAUGAUUUUAAAACCAUAUAAUGUGGUUAUAAUUUUCUUAGCAUUUUCUUUGUAAAGAACUAAGAUAUAAACUAGUUGGUGUAUAAUAAAAAGUAACAAAAUUCUGAAAAGAGUUUUAUCUUAGGGUAAUACAUAUAUAUGCAGUGUGUGUUCCAGUGUGGUAUUAACAGGACUAAUAGUGCAAUUUGAUCCUUACCAAUACCAUUACUUAAGUUAAAAGUGUCCAUUAGCACCCCAAAAUGUACCUUCUAAAUGUACUGAUAAAGGAAAUUGGCUUCUGAUGCAUGAAUAUUUACAUGUACACUGAAAGUAGUCCAUAAUAGAACUGUUAGUUUAAGCCAAGAGUAGAAAGUACAUAACUCCCAUGAGAAAGAAUUAAGAUGAAAGAGAGUUGACUUUGCCUUAAAAGGCAGAUCAAACCCAAGCCCAUCCAUUACCUAAUGUGUGACGUUUCAUUCUUACUUGGUGAGAAUCACCAAAGUCUCGCCAAUAAGUUCAAUUAGGGUAUGCUGCUUUUUAAAUGGUGGCACUUAUUUUUACAGAUUGCUACUCCAAGGAAGAAAACUGGCCACUUUUCAUGUAUAUAUUUUGUUAAAAGAUUUAUAUAUCUCUCUAGGAGUUCUCCCUUAGUUCCUAGGAUAGAGUCCAGGAGUAGAUUAAUAACAAAAAAAUCUCCCAAGGAUGUCUUGUUUUGAUUUACUCAAAGGAACUACUGCUCAUUCAUUUGAGGCAAAGGGAAGCUAUGAAUAGAGAGUUACAUGAGCCAGAUUCCCUACUUCAUUGUUCAUAGAACCCAGAGGGUAGUUGUGGGAAAUCCUAACACCAUGGUGAAAUGCUCCUCUGUAAACUUGAAAUCUAGAACAAAUGUAGAUUUUCACAAUGUGCUUAUUAAUAAAUAUCUAUGGAAUGGGUUUUAGAGAUAAUUUACUUCAGUACAAUCACCUUUGUUUUGGAAGGGACUCAGGUUUUCUUGCAGUUGUAAGAUAUGUUCUAUUUGUGUUUAUUUCAAAGAGAAGAGGAAGAAUGGAGCAGAUACUAUUGACCUUUCAGAGGCUGCUUAAAAAGGUAGUUUUUGAGGCUAACCAACCUUCAGAGGGCAAUAAAGAGAUGUGAACUUGCUCACUUUAAAGCACAACAGAUUAUUCUUAAUUUAUUAAAUAAGAUGGGUACUAUCUCUGGAAGAUCUCCUUAACGUUCAAAUAUGCUGCCUUAUACUAUUACUGGCUUCAUUCUAAUCAGUAAUCAAGGUCUAUAAAAGAUUAGUGCCAGAAAAGAUUUUGGUGGUAUAAUCCAAACCUUCAGUUUUACAGAUAGGGAAAACUGAAGGCCAGAAAAGGGACUAAAACUUAGUAGUUCAUAGGGGAAGAGUUCAAGAGGAAAUAGAGGGAAAGCUGAAUUAAUUCUUAAAAUUUUUAAGGCUAGAGAUGGUACUAAUAAAUUUUGCAAAGUAAGUAGUUUUGUGAUAGUAAAAAAAACUCAAGGUAUAUUUAAUAUUUAUGUAGAAGUGGCUUGAUGCAGCUAUUUAAAGAAUUUUUUGGAUCUGGAUUAAACAUUCUUACUUUCUCAGAUUUCUUGAAAGCUGAUAUUCCUAUUAAUAAGUAAUUAUUUAUAUAGGAGUGUUUUAGUAUAUCACUCUGAAGCCAGAAAAAAAUCUGUUUAGGUAAACAACUUCCUUUCUAGGUUUACUCAGUGUACCUUUGUUAAAAUAAUUUGGAAGCAGUCUUUCUAUUAAGUUAGGCUUUAAAAAAGUCAGUUAUUGAUUAAGAUAUUUUUAUUAAUUUCCUUAUAUAAAUAAAAUAAUCAGGUACUAUAGUUCUUUAUCAAAAGACAUUAACAACACUUAGUAUUAUAUUUAUAAUGAUUUAAACAUAGUAGCUAAUUAAGACUUGUUUAGGGCGCCUAUUUAAAUUGUCAACCGGCCAUUUUACAAACAGCUUAAAACUAAGCAUUAGUAUAUGAAAAAGAUGCUGGAACUUUUAGUUUUCCAGAAGUCACAUGAAUACCAAGAGCUUCUAGUUAUGAGAAAGUGGCUGGUUGUGAUGUUUGUUUUAAAUAAGUUGAAGGGCAGAAUUUGAACUUCAAAGCCAGUUUUGAUUUAUAAAACCCUUUGAAAUUUUGUUAAACCUGUGGCUUUCCCCAAGAAAAAACAUACUGUCUUAUAGUUCAUUUUAUUCUAGUUGAGCUUCAUUAUUUCAGUUGAGGAACCAGGCCCAGAAGUCACAUGCCUGGCACCACCGCAUGGUGGCGGUAGCGGACUCACAUUUAUCCAGAACCUGAUGGAGCCUAUGAAUGCUACAGGACAUCUUGAACGCAUAGGCAGUAAGUGAAAGAAGCUGUAUAAGAUAAACAAGGAAUGAGAGAAGCAAAAUAAGAAACAGUUGUUUUAUUGUGCAGAUUAAUAAAAAGAAAUACUACGGGAAAUAUGUGAGUUAAGCAUAUUUUAGUUUUUUUUUUUUUUACUAUUUGAGG